ACAGUUGGACACAUGAAUAUACAUACUUACACCCUUCAUGUCAGCUUUGUCAACAUAUACAAUCAUUAAACUGAUGAUUCAACUGAUAAUUGACAGCAUUUAAACAUAAUGUCAAUCUCAGUGCGAACAUAUUUAAGUUGUAUAUGUAUAUAUUUCAUGUGUUGAUUUAAUUUUAAUUGCAUAAUGAAGUGCAUGCAUAUCGACGGGUGUCCAACUUUGCGGUUCAAUUUGGAAAAUGCCAUCAAUAUCUGACAUGAGUGAUGAGAUACGACAUCGUCAAUGUUAAAUAAUCCAUUAUUAAUUAUCAAUCAGUUGCUUGUAACAGAUAAUGUGCAGUGUGAUUUGUGCACCGAAAUAGAGGACUCUCACAAAUAGAUUGUGAUUUGUUACACUUUUGAACGAUUGUCGAUCCUGUGCUAUUUUAAAAUGUUGACUGUCAUCCCAUUUUCAUGUAUCACAUUCUUGGUAGCUAGCACGUUGGCAAUUUCUUCUGAAGUGUUCAAGGAGAGGAAUCAUCUCCUUACACAAGAAUCAUGCAAUUUAUCUCUUCAGCUAAUCGCUGAAAUUCACAGCUACCAAUCAAUCGCUACUAGGAUCAUGGAUACAGCGAUCAAUGGCGACUUCAAAGGACGGACUUACGACGAAUUGGCAAAAUUUGUUGACAAACACAUCAACAGGUUGACAGGCACUCCAGAAUUGGAAGCAUCAAUUGAUUACAUGAUGACCAAGAUGAUGAUGGAUGGUCUGGUUAACGUGAGAGGGGAGGAUGUCACAGUGCCUCGAUGGAUACGUGGGGAAGAGAAAGCAACUAUGGUGGAGCCUACGGUGAAAUCUCUUCGGAUUAGUGGUCUUGGUCCGUCCGUGGGCACCCCUGCGGAAGGCCUUGUUGGGGAAGUUAUUGUCGUCCGUACUUGGGAAGAAUUGGAAGAAAAGAAGGACCUUGUAAACGGGAAGAUUGUUGUUUAUAAUCAAGGCUGGCUGGGGAGUUAUGGCGCAACGUCACAAUAUCGUGGAAAUGGUCCAGCCAGGGCGGCUGAGUUUGGCGCAAUAGCCGCCUUAAUUGAGUCUGCAACCCCGUUUUCCCUUGAUACGCCCCACACGGGGGGCACGAACUACGACCCUUCUCCCAAUGUGACCAGAAUCCCUGGGGCUUGUAUCACACGUGAAGACGCAGAAAUGCUGUACCGGAUUUAUAACAGAGGGGAUAAGAUUGUCAUCAAUUUGACAAUGUUAGACCAAGAGUUAGCUCCAGUUUUGUCACGGAACGCAUUCGGGGAAAUUCAGGGAAGAAGUUUUCCUGAUGAAAUUGUAGCAGUGUCAGGACACGUGGACGCAUGGGAUGUUGGUCAAGGUGCGAUGGAUGACGCAGGUGGAGUCUUAAUAUCCACUGAAGCCCUUGCCCUCAUCAAGCACCUUGGUUUGGUGCCUCGCCGAACGAUGCAAGCUAUCCUCUGGACGGCAGAAGAAUUUGGGCUGGUGGGUGCCCAAGCUUUCGUUAAUGAACAUAAAGCCGACAUGAUCAAGUACAAUGCAGUCUUCGAGUCGGAUAUCGGGACAUUUAAACCACGGGGGCUGGACUUUUCGGGUCACGAGGAAGCUGGUUGUAUCGUGCAAGAAGUUCUUAAGCUUACUUCAGCCAUGAACUCAACUGCUUAUGCUCGCUACGAUGUUGUGGGGUCGGACAUUUUCUUUAUGAUUCAGGAAGGAGUUCCUGGAAUCAGUUUAAAUACUGAGAACGAAUUAUACUUUUACUAUCACCAUUCCCCUGCCGAUAUGAUAACUGUUCUUAAGUCGGAUGAAUUGGAUAUGAACACUGCACUUUGGGCUACCGUUUCAUACGUGUUGGCCGACCUCUCGGUUCCCCUUCCUAGAGAAAGCGCUACAAAUGAGCAUACAAAAAUCCCACUUCCACACUAGACCGACUGUAAAAUGCGUUACGUUAAAUACUUUUGGCAGUACGGUGUGCAUUUAUUUUAAUAAAUUAUUGAGCUGGAGGACAUUUCAA